CGAAGCAGCGGAUAUCAGGAAGGUGGUGUCAUAACGCUCGCCAAACAGCUGAGAUUUCCCCCCAACGCGCGGUGAUACACAGCGGCGCCGUUGCGUUAAGCGCACUCGCGGAUAUGCCUCGGCACACGGUCUUUUCCACUUACGUGCUCAGAAACGUGCCCACCAGGACAGCUGUCACAGUCGUGGCCAUGCUCCUCUUCUUCAAGUACGUGUUCACCUGCCCGUGCACCACUCCCGAGGAAACUCUCCUGCACUGCUGGCUCUACCUGUGCCUGCCGGUGGGCAUCCUGUUCUUCAUCCUCAUCCUCAUGGACGCUCGGCUCCUGAAGAUGUGCAGAUGUUGCGCGAGCAGCCAGGGCAGAUGUUGUAAGAGCGGGUGCUGCGAUGCUUUUGAAUGCUGCUGCUGUUCCGGGGGGUACUGUUAUCACCCGGAGGCUUGUGCACCCGAAGGCCGGUAUUACUGCGGUGUCGUGUUGAAACACAUCCUCAAUGUCUUUUACGCGGCGUCGCUGUGGAUAAUCGUUGCCUUUGUAGACGGGGAUUGGUACGUUUGCGUGCGGACGGUGAACGUGAACGGUACCGGGGAGCAAAUUGCGUGCAAGGAUCUACCGACUCCGCGUGAAGCGGAGACUCUAAGAAAAUAUGAUAGCGAAUCACGGGUAAUUGGCUUAAUUCUUAUUCUUGGCCUUUCAUUUUUGUUGACAAUAAGUUCGUCUCUCAUGACCCGAUGGAAGCCGUAUUAUAAAUCUCUCUAUGAGGUUUAUGUGGAGCGGGAGACUUCAGCUAUUCUGGAGGAAAAGCUACAUGAGAAAGCUGUGGAGAGAGCCAAAGAUGUCAGUGAGCAUUCACUGAGAAACUUUCAAAAUGCACACAUCGACACGCCGGGUGAUGCUCAUCAAGUUCAGUAUCAACCGUUAGGGAGCACCGAAGAAGACGUGUGGCACAAAAUAUCAGACCCAGCCCUACAUUUAAUGGAGUUGUCAUAGGCAAUGUAAACUUUAUGCCUACUACCUGCAUCUUGCCAAAGAAAUAGUAUUUUUCACAUUUACUUGCAUAUUCUGCUGCAAUUUUGUUCAGUAUUUUAUUUUCUGUUUAAUACUGAGGUACAAGAAAACUCUUCCAAUAUUGCAUUCAGUAUUAAAAAAAAUGGGGUUCAAUAGAACUGAAACACUAAGGUGCUAAGGAGUUUAAUACGUGAGGAUACAAAACUGUUCAAAAGUUUUGGUCUGUGUGAUUUAUUUUCUUGUAAAAAAUAAUACUUUUUAUGAAGUGUGAAUGCAUUAAAUUAAUUUUACAAAAUGAGAAAUACAUUUAUAAAGUUACAAUAUUUCUAUUUCAAAUUAAUUCAGUUUUGAACUCGGUAUUCAUCAACUUCAUGAAAAUAUUAAGCAGCCAAGCUGUUUUUUACAUCGGUAAUAAUAAUCUAUGCUUCCUGUACAGCACAGAAUAACUUCGAAAGAUCAGGCAACACUAAAGGCUUUGCCAUCACAGGAAAAAGUGUUUAAAAACAUUGAAUUAGGAAACGGUUAUUUUAAAUUCUAUUAUUUCUACUAUGCUAUAUUAUUGAUCAAAUAAAUGCAGUCUUGGUGAGUGCAAGAGACUUCCUAUAAAUCAUACCAGUUCCUGACUUUUGAUAGCUAGCGUGUGUGCGCUUAUUGUUACAAUAAGGUCUUCAGAUUCAGUGCACGACAAGAAGAAAUAAUACAUUCUUUAUAUAAAAAACUUUACAGUUUACAUCUGUUUCAAAAAAUAAUGACUAUGCACUCAUUUUGUUAUUGUUGGCACAAUAUACAAGCUUUGAGUUUUCUUUUUUUGUAAAAGUUUUGUAAAAAAAACACUUUUUUACACUAUUAAAGACCACUGAAAUAGAUUCUAUUAACUCUUUUGGAUAAGCCUAUACUGAGCGAAGUAUAGCAAGUUGAACACUCAAUGGGGUAACUGUUGUAUUACUCCUAUUACCCCUUUGAAGAAAUUGAUAUAUACUUUGAUAUAAUAUGAUUUGAUAUAAUUUACAAUGUUCUAUAAUUGUAUAUAUGAAUAUAUUAAAUAUAAUGCUAUACCUAUAGCUACUCUCUUCACAUUUUUCUUGUGAUAUCUUAAAAUCUAUUUACCGGAUGCAUACUUAUUUACUGGCACAUUACUGUUAUGCAUGAUUUGCGUCUGCCGAUACACAACUGUUUGGGUUCAGUCAGGUCAGUCACCUUGAAUAUAGGUGAGGUUUGUUGAAGUGUAAGUAAGUCUGUUAAAAUAUAGGUUGACAAAACAUUAUUGUGGGCUUUAUUGUGGGACCAAGUACAUGUACUGCAUUAUUUUUUUAUGAACCAUAUAUUUGCUUUUAUACAAAUAAACACAUUGGACAUUUGGUA